CUUCAUAUUUACAUAAUCUAUGGACCGUUUUAAUAUCGCACUAUAUAGAUGUAACAAAGAGGUAGCCGAAAGAUCAUUCUGAAAAGAAAUGGCAUCACCCUCCUCAGAGAUAAAUCUGGGGAAGAACCAAUCGACACCACCACCAACAACGCCAUCAACGCCGCCACCACCGGAGGCGGCUGGCGGCCGUACGAUGAAUAAGGGGAAGAAUUUGCACGCCUCGUUGGUGACGGGAGCGAUUGAGAAGUUGAAAGAGUUUCCGGAAUGGGAGGAACAUUGCGAAAGGGCCCGAUACAUCGUCGAUGAGAGAAAGAUCCGGCGGGUUUACGAGAUUCAGGAAAAGAUGGACGUGAAUGAGCUCCUCAACUACGUUAUGCAUGGUGACGGCGAAGAAGUUGUUUGGGACGAUGACGUUUGGAAUGUGCGCCAAAUCAAGCGCACCCGUGAAGAUCAGCCGCCGCCGCCGCUGCCAACUCCAGAAGCCAAAAUUAAUGCUACUAAGACGGAUGCUAAUGAAGAUGGUCAUCUGCCACCGCCAAAAGCAGAAAAAACUGAUACAAACAAAAAUCAUGAAAAUUAGAGGGGUUUUCUUCUUUUGGCAUAUAUGAUAGAUGUUGAUUGAGGAGGAAUGAGGAAUCGGCUUUUGUUUAAAUAUAAAUUUAGUUCGAAUUAUGGCUUAUGAAUGAUUAUUAGAAACGGAAGGAGGGAGAUCUGUGAUCAAUGCUCUUGUAAUCUUUAUUCUUGUUAUUUUAUAUUCACUCAAAUUUCAAAUAAGCAGCCUUGCUUUAAGUGUUUCCUUUGCACAAAAACAAGUGCAUUCUUCAGAAAUUAAUUUUGUCAAAAUCUGGCAGCCUAAUCACAUUUUUUUCACUUUUAAU